CAACAAUGAAUAUAACUCUGAUAGUAUCCCUUGCACUAGCUCUUAUGCUAAUUCUAAUGUUGACCCUUAUGCUAACCCUUAUACUGAUCCUUAUACUGAUUCUUAUGUCGACCCUUAUUCUAACUCUUAUGUUGACCCUUGUACUGACCCUUAUAUUGACCCUUAUAUUAACUCAGAUGCUGAACCUCAAAAUAAUGAAAAUGAACUUCGUAGCACUGCAGCCAGAAGAAAGACUAUAACAAAAAUGAAGAAAAAAAAAGUGUAA